CUCAGUUCUGAAAAAAAAAAUCUUUUAGAUGGCUAUGGCAGAAAACCUGAAGAAACUCUUAUUCUCAGCUUUGAAGAAAAACUUAUGCUCAGUCUUGAAGAACAACCCUUAGACAAAGUAAUUUUUAAAAGAGAUCCAUUUAUCAAACUAUUGCGAUUUUCUUUACAAAUCGCUAUCGCUUUAUUGUAUGAUAAUCCUAAUGUUACAGAAUCAAUCCUCACAUGGAUUAAGGACAUAACUAAACAAUUUGUGCCGAAUGGCAAUAAGGAAAAUACGAAAACGAUAUAUGACCUAUUAAUUCCGCGUAAUCAAUUGGAAGACAAAAAGGAAAAUACGACAACGUCACAAUUGGAAGACAAAAAGGAAAACGAAUUUGAAAUGGCAAUAAGGUUAUACGAUGAUGCAAAUUAUAUUAGUGAACAAAAAUAUAAAAAAGAUAAUAAGGAAAAUAAUACUAUUUUCGUUCCAUAUCUUAAAAUGAAAGAUUACAAAGAUCAGAUUCGUCAAUUAAGGGAAUUGGCAGAACACUAUGAAAACCGAUGUUCUGAGAUUAUGAGUUUUGAUCGUAUUGAUAAACAAAAGAUAGAGGAGUUAAAAGAUAACCUAGAAAGCCAAAAUGAUAUAAUCGAACUGCAUCAAUUUAUUAAAGAAAAUAAACAAAGGGAUGCCGAUUCAGCACAAAGCUUGAAAGAAGAAACUGAAAAGCUCGUUCGG